UGGAACGCUCGCGUUGCUAUUGGCUGAGCGCGAAAUUUCAAACGUAGGAACAGCAGCAGCGCGUCAGAGAGAAGAAAAACAAACUUAACGAUGCAAGUUAUCGAGAGCAAUUGAUUUAUAAAUCAAUCAGUCUGAUAGAUUGGUCGGAAGCGACCACCAAUUGAGAUUUUAAAGUACUUUUUUUUUUAAACUGAAUGCAAAAUGGAUAUCUCUACAUAUUUACAGCGCUUCAAAGACAGUCUGAGCACGUAUACGGGAGACGACCCAUUGGAGCGAUGGGACAGCUUUGUGGAGUAUCUGGAGCAAAGAUUUCCUGCAGGCGGCUGCGGCGAGAUGUCGCUGGUGUUUGACAGUCUCGUGGAGACGUUUCUGAACGUUGAGCGCUACGCAAAUGACAUCAGAUAUGUGAACUACUGCAUCAAAUGUGCGAGUUAUUAUUCGGACCCCAGCGAGCUGUACCGGUACGUCUACAGUAAGGGCGUCGGCACCAGGACCGCUGCCCUCUACGUGGCCUGGUCACAGCAGUUUGAACAGAGGGGAAUGAUCGAACAGGCCGACGCCGUGUACCAGAAAGCCACGGAGAACCAGGCACAGCCAGCCGACACGGUCCUCAACGAAUACAGGCAGUUUCAAAGAAGAACAGGAAGCCAGGCUCCAGUAUCAGCAGGGAGUCGAAACCCUUUGCAAAACUCCAACUUAACCAAUCAGAUGUCCUCCCUUGCAGAGCCUGGAGCUCCAAACAAGGCCUCUGCGGAUUGUCUACCCAAGCCACCUGCACAGAUAAUAAUAGUGUCUCGCUCUGAGACGUCGGGGACGAUCCCCUCCGGCCAAGGCACCAGCGUUCGGACGGUGUCGGCGUACACGCAGGAAGCACUUGUUUGCGAAGGAUCCGAAUUAAGCUUUGAGGAGGUGCGGGCAGAAAAUCACCUGCGUAAGAUCCGGGAGAAGAAGGAAAAGGAGCGGAGAGAAAUGGUAGAGAAGAUGAUGAGGGAGGAGGAAGAGAAGAUCCUGAAGAAGACGUGUGUUCUGGAGGAAGUGAACCUAGAGGUAUUUGGAGCUUUUAGCAGCCGGCCUUCAUCACAGAGGCCGCAGCUGUCUGCAGCAGAAACGGCCACCAGUCUGAACCCCAAUCCUACCCAGCAGCCCUUUGGCCGUCCUCGACCCUCAAACCGUCUGAGCAGCAGGCGCUCUCUCGGCUUGAGAUUACACACCGAGCCGACCUUCAUCCACGAGGCCGCCGCCGCCGCUGACCCGCCUCGGCAGCAGCACAGCACCGCGGCUGCUGACGGGAGCGUUCACUUACCGCCUCCGCCGUCUGUCGCCCCGGCGUGGACGGUUCCGCCCCGGUCAGCUCAGCUGCCCGUCUUCGAGCAGACAGACCCGUCGCUCCACGGACCCGACACAGUGUGCCGUCCUCCAUCGGUCCUGGCUGACAGGAGCGUUCACUUACCGCCUCCGGCGUCCGCGGACCCGACAUCUGUCCCCGGAAAUGCUGACGCUCUCCGCCGGGAUGAUCGGGUUCAGCCCAGCAGCUCGCACAACUGUCGCCCCCAGGAGCACCUCGCCACGCAGCGUGAUGUCAGUCGACCUCCAGAGCUCGAGGACAAAUUCAAUCUGUCCCAGGGAAGCACAGCCAACCUGUCUCACAUCACUCCCAAUACUUCACUGGGCUUUGUUCAGGCCACACCGUCCAGGGUGCUGCCGUCACCCACUGUCAACACCCGGGAAGCACUGGAUGUGAUAAUGGACAUGUUCCAGGCUCCCACGUUCCAGGAGGACCCGUUCAGCAACACGUCGGUGUUCGGCGCUGCCGAGAAUGACUUUGAUCCCGGCCACGCGAGAACCGGUGGCGUCUCCUCCGUCACGAAGCCCACGGCCUCGGCGCCGUUCACCGUCUUCCAGGACGACACCGACAAAGAGAACGGCAGUGCUGCCGCUCCCUCUGCAGUCGAGAAGUCUAAACCAAUCAGAGCGCUGGCAGAAAUCGCCGUGUCCAGCAAACCCAACGACACUCCUGCAGACCUGAUGCCGGACGAGAGCACCAUGUGGGGCGCGCGCUACAACUCGCUCCACUCGCUGGCCGCCUGCCCCAACAGCACCACGGACUUCGCCAUGUUGGCUCAGUUUGUCUCCACUCCGUCAGCGCACAAGACGCCUUUCAACGGCAAGUUUUUCGAGGAGGACGAGGAAGACGAGAACAAUUGCGAUGGCAAAGAAAACGCUGAUGAAGAUGCUUUUACGAGACGCCAGCCGAAAAAACUGAGCCCAAUCAUGGAGACAAGUCCGUCUAACGAAACGGCCUUCAGUCAGCUGGCGCCCUCCUCCACAGGACUCGGCACCAUCGUGGGCGAAGGGCUCGCCGCCGCCCCACACUGCCUGACCACUUCCUCCUGCACCACCAUGGUGCAGCCCCCCCCUCCGGCCGUGCUGUCCUUCCGAGACCAGACCCUCUGUCCCCCCGACUCCACGGACUCCUCCCGCGUGUCCGUGGCCGCGGCCCCCGGCUGGGCGGUGUACGCCAGCCCCGAGCAGCCUCCCAAACAGCUCCCGGAGACUUCCAUCAGACCGAACAGCGACGCUUUUGCCAUCAUGGAAGAUUUGGACAAACCGUCCAGUCCAGAGCGGCUCCAGAAACAAGUCAGUGACGUCCCCAUGAGCCCCGAGUGCGCUCUCACAGCGGACUGGACGCUCCUCCGAAGCCCCGAGCGCACAGCGGAGCCGGACCUGGACGCCUUCCUGAGUCCCUGUCCGCCCGUCUUCCCGGACAUUCCCAUGAGUCCGCAGCAGCCGCAGCUCUGCGCUGACGUGCCCAUGAGCCCAGCGCAGCUCGGCACCGACGACGAACCCAUGAUGAGUCCGGAGAGGCUGAGGCCGAGCACCGACGCGUCCAUGAUCGCCAGGACGCCAGCGGCGGUCCGGCUGGUGUCGGACCCCUGGGCCGAUGAGGUCAUCUCUCGUCUGCUGUCAUCGCUGACCCAGCCGCUCACCUCGCACCCCUGCUGCACCACCUGGCAGUGCAACGUACCCAACAUCACCCCCAAGACCACCAUCAGCAUGGGAAAAGCGUCCCUGCGCGUCGACUGUGUCCUGGGAGAAGGGGCUUUUGCAACAGUCUACCAGGGUACCGACCUCCAGACCUCAGAGAAGGUGAUGCUGAAGGUUCAGAAGCCGGCCAAUCCCUGGGAGUUCUACAUCAACACGCAGCUGGACGCGCGCCUGCCGUGCACCGUGCGCCACCUUUACAGCAGCAUCCGCUCCGCUCACCUCUUCCAUAACGGCAGCGUGCUGCUCGGCGAGCUUCACAACUACGGCACCCUGCUGAACGCAGUGAACAUCUACAAAACCCUGAGUGACAAGGUGAUGCCUCAGCCUCUCGUCAUGUACUUCACUGUCUGCAUCCUGCACAUGGUGGAGAAGCUGCACGCCGCCCGCAUCAUCCACGCCGACGUCAAACCGGACAACUUCCUGCUGGGAGAGAGGUUCUUGGAGAACAAGGGUUUCGAGCCGGAGGACCUGGACCACGGCCUCGCCCUCGUCGACCUCGGGCAGAGCAUCGACAUGGAGCUUUUCCCAGAAGGCACUGCUUUCACCGCCAGGUGUUUGACGUCGGGCUUCCAGUGCACGGAGAUGCUCAGCGGGAAACCCUGGAACUAUCAGACGGAUUACUUUGGAAUCGCUGCGACGGUCCACUGCAUGCUGUUUGGGACGUACAUGCAGGUCAAGAAUGAAGGCGGCGUGUGGGUGACAAACGGUGUAUUCAGAAGGAACCCCCACAGCGACUUGUGGCAGGAGUUCUUCCACACGCUGCUCAACGUGCCGGACUGCAGCUCCCGGCCGAGCCUGGGGCUCCUGUGCUCCGGACUGGCGUCGACGCUGCGGCAGAACUACAGCAGCCGGCUGCCGGCGCUCAAGAACCGGCUGACGGUGCUGCUGCUGGAGCGCCACAAGACGGCGCGCAGAUGACACGCGUCUCCUCCGUCACUCGGGGUUAAUCUCAAGCUCUUAAAGCUGCGGUCAAAUGUCACCGGAGGAGGCCUCUCAGCAUCGCAAUUUGUACAAUUUGUUUUUUAUUUGAUUUUAUCUUGUUAGAUUUGUAAUUUUAUUGAAAAAUAAAAGUUGUGUGGAAG